AUGGCAGCUCAGGGUCACCCAGAGGCAAGCAGGCCGAAAACCGAAGUCCAGCCAUGCAGGUAUAAAACAGGGAAGACACUGGGAGCUGGGUCUUAUUCCGUCGUGAAAGAGUGUGUCCAUAUUGAUACUGGCCGGUACUAUGCUGCAAAGGUUAUCAAUAAACGCUUGAUGACAGGACGGGAGCACAUGGUUCGAAAUGAGAUUGCUGUCCUGAAGAGGGUGUCAAUGGGACACCAGAAUAUCCUUACCCUGGUGGACUAUUUUGAGACUAUGAAUAACCUGUACCUUGUCACGGACCUGGCCUUGGGAGGAGAAUUGUUCGAUCGAAUUUGCCGAAAGGGAAGCUACUACGAGUCUGAUGCAGCCGAUCUUAUCCGGGCUACGCUGUCUGCAGUAGCAUACCUCCACGACCACGGAAUCGUCCACAGGGACUUGAAACCCGAGAACCUUCUGUUCCGUACGCCUGAAGAUAAUGCCGAUCUACUAAUUGCUGAUUUCGGGCUUUCAAGAAUAAUGGAUGAAGAGCAAUUUCAUGUCUUGACAACAACCUGCGGCACCCCUGGGUACAUGGCCCCAGAAAUUUUCAAAAAGAGCGGACAUGGAAAGCCUGUGGAUAUUUGGGCUAUCGGAGUAAUCACAUACUUCCUACUAUGUGGUUAUAUGCCUUUUGACCGUGACUCCAACGUUGAAGAGAUGCAGGCCAUUUUGGUGGCAGAUUACUCCUUUACACCAGAAGACUACUGGCGCAACGUAUCCCCCACUGCGUGCGAGUUCAUUAAACGAUGCCUUACUACUGACCCUCUUGCUCGUAUUACCUCUCAUGAAGCCCUUCAGCACCCAUGGAUUAACCCACCGGCAGAUCCAUCGAACCCCGAAGCCACUGCAAAGGCUGGCACCGGCGAGGAUCUUCUACCAGUUGUCAAGAAGAACUUCAAUGCCCGGCGUACACUGCACAAGGCUAUCGACACUGUUCGUGCUAUCAACAAGUUGAGAGAAGGCGGUGGCCUUAUGAUGGAUGGUGCGAUGAGCAUUGAUCCAAGGCCAGAACGAGUCAAUGGUGAUCAGGUUACGCCCGAGAAUGGAGGUCAUGAUGACCACAUGGAAAUUGAUAGCAGGGGGAAUGCCAGAGGCCAAACCGAGGAACAGAUAAAGGAACAGGAGAAGAGAGUUAAAAAUGUGGUCACGGGGUUGUGGCAGUCUGCUGCUGGACGGCGGUGA